AUGUAUACAAAACUUAGACCUAUACAAUCAGGAACAUUUAGCACUGUUUACAAGGCAUGGAGUACGCAUCAUAAUCGCUAUGUUGCUUUGAAGAUCACUCCAAAAUACAAAACCUCUGAAGCCAAUAUGAAGAACGAAUAUGACGUAAUGAAAAAACUGAGCUCUUAUAAGUCUCACCCCAACAUCUGUUCAAUGCUAGAUUUUUACACUGACGAUUCAUACUACGUCAUGGUAUUAGAGUACUGCGAGUGCGGAGAUCUUUAUGACUUUCUUGAUAUUGCCAAGAGUCAAGGUACCCCAUCAUCUCCAUCUUUGAUCCAAAUUGAUAUGCAGAGGAUUAUUAAGCAAUUGUGCUCAGCCAUCAGCUUUGCGCACAGCCUAGGGAUCGCUCAUCGUGAUAUUAAGCCAGAAAACGUUCUUCUUACCAUCAACGGUGACGUGAAGUUGGCUGACUGGGGCCACGCUAUUCAAUCUUCCAAGUCCAAUGACUUUCAAAUUGGUACUGAUAACUACAGAGCGCCAGAAACUUUUUCAAGCCCAGUUGAUAACUCUUGCUACAAGAAGAGGCUGGACAAGUCAUCCGCACCAUUGUACAACACUUAUAAGACUGACUACUGGUCUUUGGGCGCCACCAUAUUUUACCUGACGUUCGGUGAUUGUCUUUUCAGAGUUUCCAAAUCGAAGAUGACUCAACAUCUAAAAAACUUUGACGAGUUCGAAAAAAAUCCAUUCGCGUUCAUCUACCAGAAGUAUGUACAGCCAAGGCUCGCCUGCGGCUAUAAUGAUGAAGGAAACCUGCAGGAGAGUUUACAACAAACAAGACAAUUCGUUUGGCAAGAUCUGCCCGAUGUUUAUGAUGUUUUCCACUUAUGCAAGAUCAUGGUGGAUACGUUAUUAAGAGUAUCCAAUGCUGACGAGAGAUCAAUGGAGAAUUUCAUGAAUCAAGUUGAUUCCGCUUGGAAUAAAGACUCCUCAAUGGACAGUUCUUUCUCUUACCAAAGCAAAAUUGAUCUCUUUUGGGAACAGUGGUCAGUUAACACGGAGUCAGCACCGGUAAACUUUCAGUUUAAAAAUUUUGAGAAACCUUGCCUAGUUCAAGAUAGUAAGUAA